CUCUGCCAACGAUAAGCAGAUGAAAUUGAAAUUGCUACGUUGAAAAUGUGAAAAAUAAGGUUUCCUAAAAUUUUGCACAAAUAUCCUAGUAAAUAAUAAAAAAUUUAACGAAAAAAGUGAAAAAAGCAUUUCAGUAAAGUCUGCUAGUAAACAAAAGAGAAUUCAAAAACCCUUGUGAUAGUGUUAUGGUCAUGGGUGAGAAUAUAAUGGACGAAUUAGCAUCACUAAUACGCACUGAAAUUCCCGAUGGACGUCAAAGUCUACGCGACAGUUAUACCAAUCUGGAGAGGGUGGCGGACUAUUGUGAGGAUACUUACUAUAGAGCCGAUAAUAAGAAGGCCGCAUUAGAAGCCACCAAAAACUAUACCACGCAGUCGUUGGCCAGUGUGGCUUAUCAAAUUAAUACACUGGCCUACAGUUAUAUGCAGCUAUUGGAGUUGCAGGCUCAACAGUUGAGUGAAAUGGAAUCACAAAUGAAUCAUAUAGCCCAAACAGUCCAGAUUCACAAGGAGAAGGUGGCCAGGAGAGAAAUUGGUGUCCUUACCGCCAACAAAGUUAGCACUCGUCAGUUUAAAAUUGUGGCGCCCAUCAAUCCAGAAAAACCUAUUAAAUAUGUGCGCAAAGCUAUUGACUAUUCGAUUUUGGAUGAUAUUGGCCAUAGUGUCAACACCAAUCAAAUGAAUCGUAAUCCUAAACAACAACAUCGUGGCUCUUCACAUGGAUCGGUUCAAUCCUUGGCCCAACCUUCAGUAGUGGGACCACCACCCACUACAAAACCACCUACACCACCCCAAAUGUCACGUGGUGGCAAUACUGGCACUCUAGGCAAAUCUGUGAGUAAUACCGGUACUUUGGGCAAAAGUUCACGUGAAUAUCGUACACCCCCGGUGGUCAAUCCACCGCAAGUACCUUCACACUAUGCACCCAACUAUCCCAUUGGUCAUCCGAAACGUUUGUCUUCGGCUUCUUCCAGUACUACGGCCACUGGUGUCAGUAGUACCGGCUUGGGUGGAAAUAGUUCCGUUAAUAAUGAACGUGCUGCUGGUUACAGUGCCCUACCCAUGCCGCCAAGUCAACAGAUUGCAACACAUGUUAAUUUACCCUCUGCCGGUAUGAUGCAAUCUUUGCCACCACCACCACCCACUACAUACGAUGAUCGUAAUAGUAUGCCACCACCACCUUCUCCCUUGACAGUUUCCCAACAUGAGAUCACCGAACAGAGUCACAUUGGCAUGCAUACUUUGGGGCGUAAUCAUAAUAGAAAUGGCAACAGCCGAAAUCAUUUUAGCUUAAACUUUGCUAGACCUGGGUCACAAUCACCACCCUUGCCGCCACCACCUCCACCAGAGGAAGAGCAUCAUGACUUUGGACGACCACGUAAUUCAGCUGGUCAGGGACAAUUAGCUCCCAUAGUGCCCGAUGAUCAAAAUUUACCCGGAUGGGUGCCUAAAAACUAUAUAGAAAAAGUUGUGGCCAUUUAUGAUUAUUAUGCUGACAAAGAUGAUGAACUUAGUUUUCAGGAGAGUUCAGUAUUAUAUGUUCUAAAGAAGAACGAUGAUGGUUGGUGGGAGGGAGUUAUGGAUGGUGUAACUGGUUUAUUCCCUGGCAAUUAUGUGGAACCUUGUGUUUAAAUUUACAAAUAUAAUAACUGCCGCCACAAUAAGUUCUUUACAAAAAGAAAACAAAAACAAAAAAAAACAUAAUUAAUCACAAAGACAAGAAUUUACUUCAUAUUCAGUAAAAACAAAAAGCAUUUCUUUAAAGAAAAAAUAUAUAAAUAUAAAAUAACAAUAAGUUUAUAAGGGAAACAAACACCACAAAUUUAUACAUACGACAAAAAAAGUAAAACAAAAGUAAAGCAGUUUAUUCUUUUCCCAGUAUUUCAUACAAAACAUAAUAAUGGUAAUAAUAGUAUUUUGUUAACAUUCAUUCAACUUAUAGGCCUUUUGAUAACACAAUGAAUAUGAUUACAAUGAUAUAAUAUAAUAUUUAGUAUUAUAACAAAAAUUAACAUUAACAUUGGAAAUUAAGUACGUACAUUUAUCCUCUGGUAUAUAAAAUAAUAAUAAUAAAAAAAUAUACAAAAAAUAGCAGUAACAAUAUUAAGAUGAAAUAUUUUUCAAACAUUAAUAUUGUCUUUUAGGCAUUUAACAAUUUUUGAUAAAACAAAUCCCCUUGAGUUCUUUUUCAUUUACAUAAACAUCAAACUAUCUACAUAUUUCUAUUCCCAUAGCUAAUUACAUACAUAACACAUAAUUAAGUCCAAAUUUAAAAUAUAAAUAAAAUAAACGAAUCAUUAAUCUAAAUCGUAAAUUUAUAUGAUAAAAAAUGCUAGGCUUUAUAAAAAAUAACACGUUUAUAAUCUUAUUUUUUGCUUAAAUGUGUUAAAAUUUAGUUUAUUUAUAAAUCUAUUAGAAGAACGUACAUUUCUGAAAAAAAGUUUUGAAUGAAUUGCUUUUCUUGUUGAAUAUUUUCUUUCAGAGUUUCUAUACAAAACAAUGAAAAGUUGUUUUAAAGAAAUUAAUAUUUUUUAUUCUAUUAAGAAAUUUUUUUUAUAAAUCACCAAGGAACACCAAGCAGGUAAUCAUCAUUACCUGCUUGGUGUUCCUUAGAAGGCCACCCCAAGACAACACUAACAGGAACAUAGAUUCUUUCAAAUCUAGCUACGUCAUGCUUGUGCUUCUUGACGAGGUACUUCUCCUUUGAUGAGAACGAAGCCGGAUCUCUCUGCUCCAUCUUAGCCAGAAAGGCCAGAGAUUUCCGGGUGCCGUUCUUCACCCUAUCCUCUUUCGUUCGACCAGCAUUAGCAAGAUCUAGUGGAGGGGCUCUAGGCGACUCCUCCACGGCGGCUUGCCGUGAUUUUUCUGUA